AAGUGAAGGAGUUGAAGUGGACGAUGAGCACAGACAGAUGAUGGAUGGACAAGUUCCGUAUCGUAUCUAUGAUCCUGGUGGGAACAGCCAUUUACGAACGAGUGAUGUCAGCAGUGAGCCCGAGAUUAUCGAUUCCAUUUCCUACCAGCAGCUGGUGGAAGAAAAUCAGGUCCUAAAGGAGAGGAUGAAAGGCUUGAGGAGUUUAGGGAACCUGUUGGAGGAAUCUCAGGCUGAAGCAUUAAAGCUGCGACAGAAGGUUGAGGAGCUGGCCCAUCAGGAUUCUCUGAAAUCUGCAAGUCUAUCAGCUCAGGCUAAUAGUCCAGCUCUGACCAGUGACGUACAAGGUUCUGCUCACCCACAUCAAAGUGACUCAGACAAGCAUGGCAAACUGGUGGCAGAGGCCAAGUCAGAAGUGAAGGCUUCAUCUAGUGGUUCAUCCUCCGAGUUUGAAGUUGUGAGUGCAGAAGACAAAAAAGAUACAAGUGGAGAACAGGCUGAAGUGAGUGACACCG